GCGCGUCACGUUAUGACGCGCGCAGAAAACCCGGAGUAUUCAUCAGAGGAGAACUCUUCUUCUUCUUCAAGCGCGUGUCAAGCAUACCUGAGAAUACCUGUGCACGUGAGCCCCUCAAACCCCUGCAUGAAACCCUGUGGCGGCAUGUUAGAAGUGAUCAUAGGGUGUGAUGCGCCUAUCUCCCUCUACAAACAAAAACAAACCCCACCAACGGAGGUGAAGCACACGCAGCCAAAAUUAAAAGUCCUGCCCCCGCCCUCACCACCUCCUCCUUCUCCACCACCUCCACCUCCUGAUGUCAAACCAUUUUGCAUAUUGACUUCCUCCCUCCCUCCCCUCUUACCCUCCUUCCCUCCCUCCUUCCCUCGUCGGUCUGCCUGCAUCAGCCGGCAAGCAGCUAAUAUGACAGGCGGGAGGAUACAGUAUCACAGCGAGCCACGAGAAGCUGACUUAAAAACUUCAUUUGGAAAGGAGGCGGAUGUCGUGUGCGGUCGAUAUAGGUCGGAGAAGGAUUAGGGGAAACGGGGGACGAUAGAAGCGACUGUGUUUUUUGAUGCAAUGGGAUUUGCUACUUCGUGCGAAGAGGCGGACCUAUGAGGAGCUGCGAGUUCAAUAUGCAGAACCUGUACCCGGUGUUUGUAUACUGUACGUGGAAGUACAGGGACUAUUUCCUUCCAACUCACAGGCAUACCCACGGAUUUUAAACAGAUAUUUGAUAUCAAUCAUAGCUUGCGGAUACACACGGUUUUCAAGGCUGUAUCAUUUUUGAGUUUGGACAGGGGAUUCCUUCAUAUCAGAUCAGCUGCUUGCUGCUUUAUCCACUUUGUGUGUAUUUAAAUUCACAUUAAGAUAUAAUGGGGGGCUCGCUUGUCUCAGCUGUGAGGAGCUCUGGAACAGCCUGUAAACACAUUAGAGGCUAUUAGUUUUAUUUUGAAAGGGGGGGGGGGUCUUCUUUCAGAGUAGUUUAACUUGUCAUUAACCCACCAUGAACUAUUAUUUGAUGGGCAUUUCACGCUCCUGUAAGGUGUUGUGACAGCACUCACUCUACUGCGGUUUUUUUUUAAAUAUUAAAUGGUGCGUUUUUUCUGGGGGACUCCACACAUUUCUACUUAACAGGGCUGUUUUUUUUUUCCGUCCACCCCCCCUUGAGAAUCUCAUUUUUACGGGGUUUCCCCCUCUCCAUCCUGACUCCCUGCCUUUCGGAUACGAAUCUUGCUAUAUUUUUUAUCUCCUUUUUCUUCACCAUGAGUUACAUGCACAAGGUUUUGAAUGUAUUGCUACGUGGACUCGUCAUCUAUGCGGUACUGGGCUUGGAGUGCACUUACUCGACUGAUGUAGCCAGCCACUCGUCUGAUGCUGCAAAUGUAGCCACCACAGACCCCUGUCUUAUAGUGAUGCCGCCAUGCAUAGGCGAGGACGACCGCUUCAGUCUGGAGGCGCUGCGGCACAUCCACAAACAGCUGGACGACGACAAUGACGGGGGAAUAGAAGUCAAUGAGAGCGUGGAGUUUAUUAUAGAGGACAUGAAGCAGCAGCAAACCAACAAACACAGCAACCUGCACCGUGAAGACCAGCACAUCACUGUGGAGGAGCUGUGGAAGGGCUGGAAGACCUCUGAAGUCCACAACUGGACGGUGGAGGACGCGGUGGGGUGGCUGAAGGAGUCGGUGGAGCUGCCGCAGUACGAGAAGAACUUCCGAGACUUCCGGCUCACGGGGAACACGUUACCUCGAUUAGCUGCAAAUGAACCGUCGUUUAUGUCGAUGCAGCUAAAGAUAUUAGACCAGCGGCAUAAACAAAAACUAAAUCUAAAGGCUCUAGACGCAGUGCUCUUCGGCCCUCCUCUCCGUCCACAACAUAACUGGAUGAAAGACUUUGUGCUGAUGGUUUCCAUUGUGAUCGGGGUCGGAGGCUGCUGGUUCGCCUACGUGCAGAACAAGUCCAGCAAGGUGCACGUCUCACAAAUGAUGAAGGACCUGGAGAGCCUGCAACAUGCUGAGCAGAGCCUAUUAGACCUGCAGAGCCGGUUGGAAAAGGCUCAGGAAGAGAACCGCACAGUCGCCGUGGAGAAGCAGAACCUGGAGGAGAAGAUGAGGGACGAGAUCAACGAGGCUAAAACAGAAGCUCACAGGCUCCGAGAGCUGCGAGAGGGCGCUGAAUGUGAGCUCAGUCGCCUCAAAUAUGCAGAGGAAGAGCUCGUACAGGUUCGAAAGGCUCUGAAGAGAGCGGAGAAGGAGAUGCUGACGGAGCGGUCGGUGCCUGAAGCUCUGCAGAAGUGGCUCCAGCUGACACACGAGGUGGAGGUUCAGUACUACAACAUCAAGAAACAGAGCGCUGAGUUUCAGCUGUGCGUCGCCAAAGACGAGGCAGAGAAAAUAAAAAAGAAAAGAAGUUCCGUGUUUGGGACUCUUCACGUAGCCCACAGUUCAUCACUGGACGAAGUGGACCACAAGAUACUAGAAGCAAAAAAAGCCCUCUCAGAGGUGACGGCGUGCCUGAGGGAGCGGCUGCACCGCUGGCAGCAGAUUGAGAAGCUCUGCAACUUCCCCGUGGUCAACAACUCCGGGCUGACGAGUCUGACCGCCAGCCUGUACUCAGACCACAGCUGGGUGGUCAUGCCGCGGGUGUCAGUGCCACCGUACCCCAUCGCGGGGGGCGUGGACGACCUGGACGAGGACACACCUCCCAUCAUUCCCCAGUUCACAACGACCACGUUAAUCCGGCCCCCGCUGACCCGCAACAGCAGCCUGUGCCGCUCUCGCCGGAGCCUGCUCAGCCCGCAGUCCUCGCUGAUGUCCCCCGACCCCGACCUGCUCUCCAUGGCCAGCUCUUCCCUCUCCUAUCGCCCCGAGGCCGACGACGAACAUAUCAUGUUCAGCUCAGAUAGGAGGGGGUAUGUAGCGGUGGCCGGAACGCCGCGGAAUGGUUUUACAGUUUGGACUCACAGGGAUCCGGCUCAGGACGGCAGCUCCGACACCGACUCCCUCAGCUCCUCCAUCAGCCGAAAGCAGUUGCACAACACGGAGCCCCCGUACCGCAAGAUCUCCCGCGAGGAAAUGCUGCUGUUCAGCCAAAACCCAGAGCUCCCCGCCUCCACCCCAGCCAACUCCUCCCACACCAGCAGCAGCAGCAGCAGUCUCAGGGACUCCACACCCCCUCCUCUGCCUCCCACCCCAGCCACCACUCCCUCCGGCCCGCCCUCCACCUCCCCUUCACCGGCCUUGGAGCACCACCCAUUUGUACACAGAGGCUCACCUGACCUCACGCGCACAAUCCCAGAGUCCCAGAGCGCCACCUUCUCGCAGGGGAGCGCCACCUCUCCGACGGGCAAAGGCGUGUACAACGGCAUCCUGGAGAAGUCUUACAGCUUCGGCCAGCUGCCCGCCAGCAUGCUCCCCAACGUGGGGCGCUUCCCGUCCCUCACCUCCCUGGACUCGGAGGGUCGGAGCGUGGGAAGGGAUUACAAGCUCCAGAGCACCUCCUCCCAGGACUCCAGCGACAAUGGAGAGAAAAUCAAGCGCUCCUCAUCUAAAAUCAAAAGCUUAUUUAAGAAGAAGAAAUAAAAACUUUCAGAGUGAGAUAGUUGUAGAGAGAGAAAUAAGAUGAAAGAGUUGUUUUGGCCCUUAUACUUAAACAUGGACAUCACUGUAAGCUGAAACACGUCAUUUCUCUCUUAUUUUCUCGUUUUUUGUUGUCAAAGAUGGAAUGUAGCUCAGUCUGGGUGCCUUUAAAAAACACCUCAGACUGGUAGCCUUAUUUUUCAAUAAUGCCUUUUUAUUUAGUUUACUAAAGGUCAAGGAAAAGUCAAUGAAAGGUCAAAGGUCAUGAAGUUGUCUUCCAUAUAGCUAAAAAAAAAAGAACUCACUGUCUGUUUUGGUUUGAUUGAAAGGCACUGCUGUUUGAUUAGGGCUACUGUAAGGAAGGAAAAAAAGAGAUUUUGAGAAUAAGGUAUUUUUUUGGUCAUGUUGGAUUAUAAUGACAUUAAAGUUGAAAUUUUAGGAAUGAAGUCAUGAUACCAUAAGGAUAAAGUCGUUAAAUUUAAAAGAAUAAAGUCAUAAUAUUACAGGAAUUCAGCUGUAGAUUUAAAUAAAUUAAUUGCAAAGUUGUACAUUUACAAGAUUCAAGUUAUUAAAUUCCAAAAAAUACAGUGUUAAAUUAUACAAAAAUUACAUUGUUAAAUGAAAAAAAUGAAGUUGUAAAUUCACAAGAUUUAAGAUUAAAAGCAGCAAGAAUUUUGUCAAACAUUUAGAAGAAUUAAACUGUAAAUGUACAUGAAUAAAGACAAAUUUACAGGAAUAACGUUGUAAAAUUACUAGAAUAAAGUGCUAAAUUUACAAGUAUAAAGUUGUAAAAUCACGAGAAAGAGAGAAAUUUUUUUUGACAAGAAUUAAGUUUUAGAUUUACCAGAAUAAAUGUGAAAAUGUACGGAAAAUUUACAAAAAAGUGUUGCACAUUUACUAGAAAAGUCGUAAUAUUAGCAAAAUAAAAAUUUAAAUUUAUUCACUAAAAGUCGUAAACUGGCACGUAUUAAACUGUAACUUUAUGGGUAGAGUUGUUACUAAAGACUUUCAGUGUACAAGAAAAAAAGUUGUACAUUUCUAAGAAUAAAGUUGUAAUAUUACAAGAAGAAAGUAAACUUUAAUAUAUAGGUGAAAUUUACAGUUUUAGGAUUAUUUUCUCAAAAUCUCUUUUACCUCUUCUUUAACUCCAUCAUAGUUCAGGUGCAGUCCAAAAAUGUAUCCUCAAACACACAACGUCCACAAAGUUUAAAAAAGCAGCGUUAAGAUAUUCCCUCCAUAAAUGUCCGAAUUCCUUCGCCCUGCAUCUUACGAAGUCUAAACUACUUGAAUUACUUCCUUUGAAACAAUAAAAACCUGCUAAAUGUUUGUUGCACUACAGCUUUCCUGGUAUUUUGGGAAAGAUCCGCUGCUUGUGGAGUACAUACUGAAAAAAGAAAUCUAGAGAUGAGAGGGAAACAUGAGCAGCAGCAGUGAAGACGCAGAUGAGAAUGCGUCUCUAUUGCUGCUACUCAUGAAUGUCUCAAUAAAUAUAUUUAUAUACAUAUAUAUAAAUACUUUGUUUUCACAUUAUUGUGUUCUAAUAGAUGUUUUUAACAGAUUUAUAUUGGUGGGGGUUCCUAUUAACUGAUAUUUACUGAAGAAGGUUUAUUGAAUAUGCAGAUUUAACUCACACCAGUAAUGUCCCCUGUACCUCUGCCAACAUGCCAUUUCCUUUUCUGUCUUAAACACCCUGAAAUAUUUGGUGUCACUACCAAAUCUUGGUGGAAUUGUCCGUGCGAAUGAUUCUUUUUGUGCCAUAUUGAUGCCAGAAGGUCAUAGAAAGUUGUAGGAAUCUUUUUUUUUGACAGCUUUCUUCUCUACGCCGACGAUGUGGCCUCUUCCAUUCGUGUUUCCUGCCUCUGAAAAACACAAACACUGACGAUUAUAUGUGGAAAAAAAAUGUGGAAAAAAAAGGAACUCCCCUCCUCCCCUUCUCUUGCACACACCCGCGCACACACAUACACACACACACACACCGAGCUCGAAGCCGACCCAUGCAAUACGUCCCCCAAUCUAACCUUUGGGUUCGCACCGAGCACUCUGAUGUCAGACUGCUGCUUCACACUGUGACUUCUGCUGGUCACCGUACAAGGUGACACAAGGACCCUCAGUGUUUCAGUACACGAUGAAGGAAAGACAAGUGGAGGACGAUGAGGAGACGAAUGUUUAUGAGACAAUAGUUUUCUUUUUUGAGAACAUUUUGUGUGUGAAUAUUUGUUUACUGUAGAAGAAUUCAUUAAAAAAUGGAGGCAUUGGA